AUGGAGACUGCGAUAUGUGGGAGACUACCUCUCUCCUCCAACCACGUCUUCAAUCCUAAACCAGCAGGAGACAGACACCCUCUUUGUAAAGGACCAUGCACCAAUCUUGGCAUUCCUAUGGCUGUGUCAGCAACAGGACCUGGUAAAGGAGGAGGGUUGUUGGAAAGGCCAGUUAUAGAAAAAACAACUCCUGCGCGUGAUUCUGAGUUUGAUUUGAGGAAAUCAAGGAAAACGGCUCCUCCAUACCGCGUAAUUUUGCACAAUGACAACUACAACAAACGGGAAUAUGUUGUGCAAGUACUGAUGAAGGUUAUCCCAGGGAUGUCCCUUGAUAAUGCUGUUAAUAUUAUGCAAGAAGCACACCAUAAUGGCUUGUCAAUAGUGAUCAUAUGCGCUCAGGCUGAUGCUGAAGAACACUGCAUGCAACUGAGGCACAAUGGGCUUCUGAGUUCAAUCGAACCUGCAAGUGGCGGCGGAUGUUAA